CAUCUCGAAAUACAAAUGAGAAAUGAAUUGAAUCUCGAAACACUCUCGAAUCACGGAUCUACGGCGCGAUACGUAAGCGCUUCGUGUUUGUUUGCUUCUUACGGAACGAAGCUCUCGAAUAUGACUCAAGAAGGCCAAUUGCCUCCCCCACCUGUUAUGUGGGCUCAGAGGAAAGAAAUAUUAUUUGUUACUAUCUGUCUAGAAGAUUGCAAAGAUCCUGCGAUUAACAUCGAACCACAAAUGAUAUAUUUUAAAGGAGUAGGUGGAACUGAACAAAAAAUGCAUGAAAUAACGAUUAACCUAUAUGGAGAAGUUGUUCCAAACAGAACUAUUCAAAACCUAAGAGGAAGGACUAUAGAGUUAGUUCUUGUUAAAAAAGAAGAAGGUCCAUAUUGGCCAAGAUUAACAAAAGAAAAAACGAAAGCCCAUUGGUUAAAAAGCGAUUUUAAUAAAUGGAAGGAUGAAGAUGAUAGCGACGAUGAAGGUGGAAUGGAAGGAACUGGCAACGAUUUGGAAGAAAUGAUGCGACAGAUGGGUGGUCUAGGAGGAUCGGGAGAUAGUAAACCAAACUUCGAUGAUUUAGAUGCUUUAGGAGAUGAAGGUGAUGGAAUGGAUAGUGAUGACGACGAUCUACCCGACCUGCUGGAAUGAAGACAUUAUGACGCUACUUUAAAAUUAUCUUCAUUAAAAAAGUAAAAAAAUUCAAAAACAAAUGGCGACCUAAAAAUAGUGCACCACCAGGCAAUAUUUCAGUAGGCCGUGCUAUUUGUAUUUUCAAUUAAAUUUGCUAAUGGCCCAUGUUGCAAUAGCAAACAAACAAAUAAGGUGCACGAAAAACUGUCAACAUAAAAGAAUACAGUGGUCAAGAGAAAAGAAACAGUAAUAUUCUUUUUAAAGAUUCUCCAAUCCUUCUUUAAUUCGUAAUUCAUAUAUUAAGUUACGAUUGACAUCCUUUUUUUUUUUAAUAAUGAUUACUUGUGUAUAAUAUUACAGAGAUAAAAUAAUGAAAAUUACUUAAAUUA